AUGUCAGAGCUACAGUCCUCAGAUAUCGAGCUAUUUGAAAGGUUGAGCUCAUAUCCCUUCGGUUCGGAUCGUGAGUUUGCAGUUGGGCUCUCCAUCAUACUAGGCCAUCCGGAAUCACCUGCAUCGGAAGAGGAAAUCAAUCGCAGUGAUGACCUUACACUACAAGCUAAAUGCUUCUACUUCUCAAGGAAAGAAAAGCUCACGCCACCACUCGAUUUCUCGACCUACAAAGCUUGGUUGGAAUCAGCAUCAACAUCUAAGUCAGCCGACCUUUCAUCACCAGGCCCUACAGUGGACGUUCCAAAGUCUCAAGAGGAGCCUACAUAUCCUUCAUCCUUCGCUCAUAUAGUCGAACUCAUCACGACCGGUCAACCAAUCCCUGGAAUCCAACAAAUUCCAGACACCGUCUUGACAGGCCAUGACAAACCGAGCGAGAAGCCAGAAAGGCGGAAACCAUGGGAGAAAGGGAUAGCUAGCAAAUGA